AUGAGACGGUUGUUUUUGUUGACGGCCAGUGACGCGCCAGGAACGGACGGCGACGAGGAGGAGGAGGAGGAGAACACAAUCUCUCUUGAGGCAAACGAAAAACAACUGCAAAACUCGUUCCCCUCGCUCCUUUCCUUCGUUCAUCGACGCCGCUUCUGCUGCUUUUUAGACCUCCAUCUCCUUCUAACCGGAAAAAUGGCAAUACUUGUUGUUUUUCCCAAUCGUGAGGAGGAGUGGCGCCACCAAAACUUGUCGUCUCCCCUUUUUUCUUGCUUUUGCCCAAUUUCGAGGCUACGGUACUAGCUUGAGUUGCUUCCUGGAAGUUGUCGGAAGGCGAAAGAGUAUUUCGGUUGGUCUGUCUGAUCCUUCUGGAGAAGAUCUAAGAGUUCUUCCAGACGAUCUGGAGUCUUUCUGA